AUGAAGACUAUAAUUGAACAAUGGGAAGGUGUUGAAUGCAGGGGAACGCCAUCAAGAAUAUUUACUCAAGAGAAGUAUGGCUGCAUAGAAAUAUACACAUGUCCAAAUGGAAUCUCAGCAGUAGUGGCUCCACAAAACAUACAGUGUGAGUUUAUUGAAAGCAGGAUCAAUAAGAAAAUUACAAAAGGAUCUGUGUUUAUUAUUGCCAAUGGCAAUCCGAUCUGCUUUCCAUUUGACUUCAUCAUAAAGGAAAUUGCAGAAUGCAAACAGAUGGAGUAUGUGGCAAUCAUACAAAAAGGAUGA